AUGUAAUAAUAAAUUCAAUAAAGAAAACAAUAUAGUGUUCCUCCUUAAAUUAGCAUGAAUUCCGAAACAUUGAAUAGUGGAUAAUAAAACAAAAAUCAAUAAUAAGUAGGAAAUUUUAUUAUUGGGAAAACAAUUGGAAAAGGAACUUUUGGUAAAGUUAAAUUAGGAAUACAUAAAAUUACUAAUGAAAAAGUAGCAGUUAAAAUAUUAGAUAAAAAUAAAAUAAUUGAUAAUACAGAUAAAAAACGUUUACAGAGAGAAAUAUAAAUUUUAAGAAAAAUCAGACAUCCAAAUAUAAUUUAACUUUAUGAAAUAAUAGAAUCAUAAAAACAAAUGUUUUUAUUUAUGGAAUAUGCUCCAAAUGGUGAAUUAUUUGAUUUUAUAAUUACAAGAAAAAAAGCCAGCAAAUUACUCCAAUAAAUAAUAAACGGAAUAGAAUAUAUAGCUAAAAUAGGAGUAGUACAUAGAGAUUUGAAACCUGAAAAUCUCCUAUUGGACCAAAAUUAUAAUAUAAAGAUAAUAGAUUUUGGCUUAAGUAAUUUAUAUAAAGAAAACGAAAAGUUGAAAACAGCUUGUGGAUCUCCAUGUUAUGCAGCGCCUGAAAUGGUAGCUGGAUAAGCUUAUGAUGGGCUAUAAACAGAUAUUUGGAGUUGUGGAAUUAUUUUAUUUACAAUGUUGUGUGGAUAUUUACCUUUUGAAGAUUCUAAUACUUGUUAAUUAUAUAAAAAAAUUAUGUAUUCGGAAUUGUAAUUACCGUCUUUUUUAUCUUCUAAUGCUAAAAGCAUAUUAAAUCAUAUUUUAACUAAAGAUCCAGAAUAAAGAAUCACUAUAUAAUAAAUAAGAUAACAUUAGUUUUGUGAAGAAAAAGUGCCUAUUUUUCAGGGAUUUAUUAUUGGGAUAGAUGAAAUUCCAGUAGAUAAUAGUAUUUUGAAAUCGAUAGAAUAAUAUGGGAUUAAUUCAGAAAACGCAUAGGAUAUGAUUAAAAAAAAUAAGCAUAAUAAUGUCACUUCUACUUAUUAUUUAUAAUUUUAAAAAUUUUAAAGAGAAGGAAAUAAAUGCCUUAGUAAUUUUAAUAAAAAAAUUCCAUUACAAAAAUGUAGGAUUCCUAUUUAGAAAUCUAGUUGA